GUCACGUGGGUUACUGUGUAGCUGGAAAUUUUAAUCGAUUGAAUUAGUUCACAGGAGUGUUGAGCAUGUUGUUAUGAUGUGGGUUUUGAGGGUUAGGUUUAUAGAGCAAGGGUGUUCUGCACAAUUAACUUUGGCAUACACACAGUAUAUAUUUCACUUGUACCUUGAAGAAGAAUAGAUACAAAGUGUAAUGUUCUGUGAUACCAGUCACGAUAUUUUAUGGAUUAAUAGUAGUAUUAGAAGUUGUUUCAUAUACAGGACACCUCUCUCCUUUUCCGGGUAACAAAUGGUUGUUGCAUCAUAGGAGCUUUAUACGAAUGUGUACGUGAGAACUAGAAUGUUGAUAUUACAACUUAAAAAUAUGUAAUGACAGGCAACAUUAUGACGUGGUUCAAUAUAGGGAGACGCUCGGUUGUUGGACGUGUGUCCUGGCUCCACAAAACACAAACAUUAUUUUCAAGAAAGUUUAUUAAUUUCGGUUUAGUGCCUAAAAGCCUAAGAAGACUCUCCAUGUUGCCAAUGUUUAGGCAGUUCCUAAUUCCAUGUAGUACAAAAUUGACAUGUAUUGUCCAAGUUAAGUACGUACAUGAAGGAGCUGAAAGUGAAAGUGAUAGUGAAUUAGAAGAUUCCCCAGAAGAAGCAAUUGAUCUCUUCAGUCAAUCUGAGACAUUAUCUUUUAGACAACUACUGUGCUGUAAUUCAGAACACCCUCUUAUUAAACAGCUGAAUGCAUCUACUUCAGUACAAGAUGUUUUUAAUUUCGUGAAGGAGCAUGAAUAUGAGUUAGACGGUCAACUAGUGAGCCAGGUUGUGGUUGUUUUGUGGGAUCUUCAGAAGAGUUUCUCUAAAGUAAAUGUUCUUGAUUUAUGCCAAAACCAAGUUACUAGUUCCCUGUUAAACUCGUGUAACAUUCUUAACAACUAUAUUAAUGAGGUGUGUGGACAUCAAGAUUUUGAGAUGCUUUUGCAAUUGGUGGACCGAUGGAAUGGAGAUAUGUCUGUAGAUGCACUCACAGCAACUCUGCUGUAUUUAAAUAAAAUGGGCGUGAGUGUGUAUCAUCCUGUAAUGCAGAAAUUAAUAAGUCGCUGUGAAUCUGCAGUGGAAUGUUAUGGACCAAGGUUUCCUCUUUCAGCCCUGUCUCGUUUUGCUGUGGCAGUUCACAGCAGAAGAGGACUGUGGCCAAUCUUUGUUGCCAAGAUGAUGCUGCCACGCAUAUUGGCUGGUAUUGAAUCUUGCAACAAUGUAGCAGACUUCCAAUACCUAAGUAUAUGCCUCAUUAAUAUUUGCCAGUUAGUCAACUGCACUCUCUUGAAUGCAUACAAAUCCAAAGUAGAUGAUCUAGUAGGCAAUGGAAUAAUCACAGCACAGGAUUCCAAAGCUAUUACUAAAGCUGUUAGAUUCCUUAACCUGCCACAAUGGUCCCACCAGAAUGACCCCACCAUACGGAAACUUCUUCUGGUUCUGAAAGGAAAUAUUUGUGGAGUGUCACCGACAGAUCUCAUAACCAUUCACAAGGUUCUUCAGAACAUGUUGGAGCCUGCUGACAUUGUGGAUGAAAUGCAUGAAGCUGCCAGCCAGUUGCUGUCGCAAGUGGAAAAUGAAGGAGUUUCCAGCAGUCCUAUAGCAUUCAAAUGCAUAACAGACUUGCUGUCAUGUCUGGUCUCUUUCUCAUCUCCAACACAAAAGCUGGCACUUGAAAAGCUUGUACAACAACACAUUGAAGAAUAUAGCUCUGCAUUGUAUUUUCCAGCGCUUUUCAGGAUUCUGCGGCAGCUAAAUACGUCGAAUGUCGAACUUUAUGAUGCAUUCUGGACACGAACCCUUGACAUCAUGCAGAAUAUGCCAACAGAGAGGGAAUAUUAUAAACUGUUCCAAGUUAGUCAUAGAUACAUGUAUUUCAACAAUAAUCUCAGUGGAAGAUACCGUCAUUAUGAGCUAGAAAGGCAGAUGAUCCAGUGGCUAUGGAAUGAAGUGGAGAAUGGUACCAUAGGCAUAUUGCCAUCAAAGUUUGCACAAGUCACUUCAUUUAUAUUAGCUUAUGGUAAUAUUGGUCAAAGAAGGUCUGUCAUUUCUGAAUCUGCCCUAACACAAAUGGUAUGCAAAGUAUUGGAUAUGAAGCUACAAUUCAGCAAACUUGACUGCAUGUACAUUUCAAGAGGACUUCAAAUUGGUAAAAUUCUGGCGUCCCAGAGAAGCAUUUCUUCACGCUUUCUUGACGUAUUCACAAAGAUAGAUACAGCCAUGAACAGCUGUGCCCAACAACAUUUAAAGGAAGAGGUGUUAUCACUUCCAGAUAUAACCAUCAUGAUGAGAACUUAUAUCAGCAGGAGCAAUGCAUGGGAGACACAGCUGUUUGAGAAUUUAAUUAAAAGUUUCAAUUUCAGACAUGAAAAAUUGAGUGGUGUUACUUCUUCGAAACUGUUGCGAGAUAUUUCAGCCAGUAUGUUGACGACAAAUUGUUUGAUACCCAGUAUGUCGGAUCAGCUGGUGAACUAUGUUGUUGAGAAUGGUGAUCAUAUUCUGGGUGACACAGCUGUCAAACUGCUGUAUAUGUGUUACUCCCUUGGUUACAUGCCAGCACAAGCUGAAUCUUUUUUUUCUGUUGCAUCAAAUGUCAUUUUAAGGGAUAAAGAACGAAUGCAAGUGCUCACAUUACUUCAGGCAGCCAUUGCACUGUGCUUCUUUCAUCGUCUUCCAGAGGAACUUGUUCAUUUUAUCUUCACUGUUGAUUUUCUUGGGAGACUGGAUGAAGAGAUGCUCCACUGUUAUGCCAAGGAAUCAUACUGUGUCCGUGUUCGACAUGCGAUGAUGCAUCUUAACCGUGCAGUAUGCAUUGAUUAUCCAGAGACUGACGUACCAUGGUUCCAUGAGAAAUACUGUCAACAAGUUGCAGCUCUAAGAUCUCCUAAAGCGAGUCCUUUUCAUGAUGAUGUCCAUCAGAGUUUGAGUUCUGUGAUGGGAACACAAAAGUUAGUCCAAGUAAAUAUGUACUCUCCAUACUUUUAUGGAGUAGAUUUCCAAGUAUUGUUGAAUAGGAACAAGAUGCCUGUCAGUAUCAAACAUCAAGCAGACUCAGAUAUUACUAGGAUUGCAAUUCUCUUGUGGAUCAAGGAUGCAUUUACCAAUGGUGUGUCACAGCUGUGUGGCGAACAGCAACUAAAGCAACGUCAUCUGGAAAUGAUGGGCUACAAAGUCAUAGGGAUAAGUUCAUCUGUUUGGAAUUCUAUGUACAUGGCUGAAAAGAAUGCAAAGACUGAUUAUUUGCGACAGAGAAUAUGGCCAUCAACAACUGAUUGUAAUUCAGAAUACCACUACAAAAGGUCAUGAUAGGCCAUAUGUCUGUAACAGGGAAAUGUAUUACUAGUUCAAAGAAAUAAAAAUAGACUGUCACAUGUUACACAGAUGUACUGGGUUUUCAGACUAUUUCCAUCAUCCAGAUUCUAAAUAACUAAGGAAAAAGAAACAUUUCAUAAACUGUCUUCCCUCACCUGAUGACAGAAACAUUUCCAGUUUCCAGCUUUCUUUUUCCUUAGUUAUUUAGAAUCCGGACAAUAGAUAAAGUCCGAAACCCCAGUAUCUCUGUGUGUUAUACACCAUCGUCAGAACCCUAUAGUAUCUACUUGUCACAUUCUAGUUUUGCAUGAUUGGAUGAAUGGUUUUAUUGACACCUUUUACAAACCACUCAGAUAUAGGCAAUUAUAGCCCUGUGACUGAUCUACACUCUUUACAGGUCACCAUUACACACUAGUGUUCUCAGUCUUCACUGGUCAUAUCCUGGAAAUGGAUUUAUGAUAGUCUCGUUGCCACAGUAGCACACAUGAAGUCUUCUUUUCACAGCCUAAUUCCUUUCUUACCAUCUCUUCUCAGUCAUUCAACUGCCAUCUCUAGAGAGACUUUCAAUUCUGAUUCAAUUCGUCUGUUCCCAAGCUUAUAUCCUAGCCGGCUGUUAUCUCCAAACUCACCUGACUCAAAUUAUCUUUAUCCUUUUUAUAACCCCCAGGCAUGGAUCACACAAAAAACACAGCUCCUGUAUUGUUGUAUAUAUAGUUUCCACAGAAACAUGUUUACUCAGUUGUUCCUUAGCAAAGGCUGUACGCAUCACAUCAAUGUAUUGUGACAGUUCCUUUACUGUUGCAUGCGGCCAUUACCUAGCAACAGCUGUUUUCUGGCUUCACAGUUCUUGCUUUGAGCAAAUAUGCCACAAUAUUUUAACAUUUACAUCAUGUUUAUUUAUUCUUGCUGCAAUUCUGUGCCAAUUCCAUACAUGAUUAACAGUGUCUCUAUGUUGUUAGAAUGAUUAGAUACAAUUUUCCAGGUAAAAGAGCACCAUACUACUAUGGUGUAUGAAGGAGCAAAAGUGAGCUCCUCACAUUUGUAACCUUGGCAUCCCAGCCGCUUUACUGCAGUUGAAUGAGCCUUCAGUACCCAUUGGUUAGGAAGACUGAGUGAACCCUCUGACCUGGUCUGGAUGUUGUGCAUAACAGAAAUUAUUUGGACCUGCCAGAAAUCAAACUCUUGAGUACUUGAUCAUCCAGCCCAUGGUCUAUAACAUGAAGGUUGAUCCAUUUAAAAGGACUCAUGGUGUUAUUACUUAAAAUCAUCCCUUUACACUAGUUACAAGACAAUGUUAGAAAGUAGCAUCCACAAAUUGAAAAUUCAAAGGCAGUAAUAGAACAGAUGCAUCAGAAUUGUUAUUCUGUGAAUACAUUUUGUAAAUUUUAAUUUUUAUGGCUCAUGAUAAAUUACAAAAUUCUAACAUUA